UUAAGCAAACAUCUAGGUUCUUCCAAGUUCCAACAACAAUAAAAAACAUACACCUAUUCCUUUUCUCUCACAUACAUAAAAAAAAGUUUCCCAACCAACAGAGACAACUUCGAUUACUGGAAAAAACCUUAAAAAUUUCUCUAUUGUUUAGACAUCUGGAGAAGAUGACAUCUACAAGCUAUAAAGCUACUUCACCAACAGAUUUGGUGUGCCAACAAGAUUCUAUUUUUAUUCUUUUAGACUCAAAAACUUUUUUUUGGUCUCUGGAUUCUUCAUAAACAAGAUUUGUUCCUUCAAUCAUGCCCAUACACUCAUUUAUUAAGUACAAUUAAAAAGAUAAGUUCAAUUUCAGAAUUUCUUGCUCCACCCCCAUGAUAGCUGUUUCACCAUUUUUGGUAUAGUAUUGAUUCAGUACCCAAAUCUCGGGAUUUGAAUUUUUUUUUUCAACUUUUUGUGAUCUUGGAAUAUAUAUCCAUUUGCUUUGUUGGGAUUUUCUUGAUCUGGGGUUGGAAUUUUAUUGCCUGUACUGUUUGUUUGAAUCGACUUGUUGAUGUGAUUCUUGAAAAUCCUUUGCUUUUUAAUAGUAGAAUGUUGUGAACCACACAGCAAUGAUAAGUAAAGCAAUUUGGUAAAAAGAAAAUCUUGAGUUUUCUUGAAGUGAUUUUGUUAGUGGUAGAAUUAGAAAUGAAGUCAAGAGUAGGGAGUCAAGGAUCAUUGGAGGAGGGUAAAGAUUCUGUUACUAAGGUGGUAACUCAGUAUAAGCCUUUAUCAAUAAGGUUACUUCAGUUCCUGUUGUUGUUUUUGGGUAUUGGUAUUGUAUUUUCAUUGCUUAGUAUGUAUAUGGUUCGGUAUUCAGUAAUGCAGAAUGUAAUUCCUAUGGUACAAUCAAGAUUUCAGCCCUGUUUUCAACAACUUAGUUUGGAGAGUUGGAUUAGGCCUCCGUCGAGUCUGUUGCAUUCUAUGAAUGACACACAGUUGUUCUGGCGAGCUUCAAUUGUUCCUCAAAUCAAAGAAUACCCCUUUAAUAGAACGCGUAAGAUUGCGUUCAUGUUCUUGACUAGAGGCCCUAUACCUUUGGCGCCGUUGUGGGAGAGGUUUUUCAAGGGUAAUGAGCUUUACUCAAUCUACAUACAUUCAUUGCCAUCAUACAGACCUGAUUUCCCACCUUCAUCAGUAUUUCAUGGCAGGCAAAUUCCUAGUCAGGAGGCGAAGUGGGGAAGAAUGAGCAUGUGUGAUGCUGAAAGACGGCUUCUUGCUAAUGCACUGCUUGAUAUCUCCAAUGAAUGGUUUAUCCUCCUAUCUGAGGCAUGCAUUCCUCUCCAUAACUUCAAAGCUAUCUAUCACUACAUUUCAAAAUCGAGGUACAGCUUUAUGGGUGCAGCCGACGAACCUGGACCUUUUGGAAGAGGACGUUACAAUCCAAAUAUGGUACCUGAGGUUAACAUCACUGAAUGGCGUAAAGGAUCCCAGUGGUUUGAAGUGAACAGGAAACUGGCUGUUGACAUUGUUAAAGAUGACGUAUACUACCCUAAGUUUGAGCAGUUCUGCAGACCGCCAUGUUAUGUGGAUGAGCACUAUUUUCCAACUAUGCUAACCAUAGAAUCUCCUCGCCUCCUGGCAAACCGGACUCUCACUUGGGUGGACUGGUCCAGAGGUGGUGCUCAUCCUGCUACAUUUGGGAAGGCCGAUAUUAAUGAUCAAUUUUUCAAGCGAAUUUCUGAAAGCUCAAUAUGUGUAUACAAUAACCAGCCAACUUCACUUUGUUACCUUUUUGCCAGAAAAUUCGCGCCUAGUGCGUUAGGUCCUUUGUUAGAACAUUCUACUAAGUUUUUGGGCUUCUGAGAUUCGAGAACAUUUGUUACGAAAUAUGAGCAGGAAUCCAUAUAGGAAAUUUCCUAGCUAAAUAGAUCUGGUGAACAAGCAAGUGUCAUGCUUGCUAUUAGAUAAUUCAAUAUAUAGAAUGCCAUGCAUGAUCUUAUAUGCUUACUGUACUCUCUUCUAUAAUGAUAUUGUAUUGUUGCUGUUGAUUUUUA